AUGGACCACCUGCCUGAGCCGGCGAUCGAGCUGUGGCACAAGGUCCUGCCCCUCGGCCUCAUCUUUUUCGCGGCCAGCUUCAACCUGACGGUGCUGCAGUCCCUCAAGGACUCCAUCGUGGUUGUCGCCAGCGGCGCGGAGACGCUGCCGUUUUUGAUGUCGCUGUGCGUGCUGCCGAUGUCGGUGGCGUUCUUCGUCGCUUAUGGGAGCAUGGUGUCCCGCCUGCCGGAGCGGUCUGUGUUCUACGCCGCCGUUGCGCCCCUCCUCGCCUUCUACGCGCUGUUCGCAGCCGUCAUCUACCCCGCCGCGCCCGCCCUGCACCUCGACGCCGCCGCGAUGCUGGGCGCGGUUCCCACCGGGCUUCACGGUUUAGUCAAGGUGGUCUCCAACUGGACGUAUUCGCUGUUUUUCUGCUUUGCGGAGCUCUGGGGCAGCGUCGUCAUCAGCGUGCUGUUCUGGUCCCUGGCCAACGAGACUGUGACAGUGGAUGAGGCAAAGGCGGUGUACCCCUUUAUGGCAAUCGGCGCCAACAUUGCCCUGGUCGCGGCGGGCUGCUUCAUCCGCGCAGUGAACGCGGCCCUGCCCCCGGGCAGCCAGCUGCUCGGCCUGCGGGUCCUGGUCGGGACGGUGCUUGUCAUGAGCGCCGGCAUGUUUGCAGCCAAGGCCUUUAUAGAUCGGCGGAUCCUGGCGCCCCUGCAGCGCCAGGAGGCCGCCGCCGCGGCGGCCGCGGCCGGCAACGGCGCGGGCAGAAAGGGCAAGAAGAAGAAGCCCAAGGGGUCGUUCGCCGAGAACUUCGCGGUGCUCAAGGGCAGCGCCAAGAUCCGCAACCUCGCGCUGCUGGUGAUGGGCUACGGCGUGGCGCACAGGCUGUUUGAGUUUGCCUGGAAGGGGCAGCUGCGGAUUUUGCACCCCACAGUGCAGGGCUACCAGUCUGUGCUGGCGGAUGUGUCGACCUACACAGGCAUCCUCACCCUCGUGUCUAUGGUCGGCUCCCGCCUCGUCUUCCAAAACCUCGGCUGGGGCGUCGCCGCGUCGGUCACGCCCGCCGUGAUGGGCGCGGCCGGCGCCGUCUUCUUUGGCGCGACGCUGCUGGGCGGCGGCGCGCUGGGGGCGCUGCUGCCAGAGCAGGCGGCGGCGGCGAUGGUCGGCGUCGGGUCGGCGGCGGGCAUCCUCACCCAGGUGUUCGCACGGUCCGCCAAGUACAGCCUGUUUGACCCGGCAAGGGAGAUGGUGUACAUUGAGAUGGACAAGGAGGAGAAGCAGCGCGGCAAGGCAGCGGUCGACCUGGUUGGGAGCCAGAUAGGCAAGAGCGGCGCAUCAUGGAUCACCCAGGCGACAGGGGGUGCGGCUGGGACCGGGCAGCGUCCUCAACGGGUGGCCUUGGGAGUACCCGCGGCCAACAGGUGCCGCAGAGGUCAAGGCCUGGGCGGCCCCGCGUUCGCACUUGAUUAG